CUCUCUCUCUCUCUCUCUCUCUCUCUCUCUCUCUCUCUCUCUCUCUCUCUCUCUACAUAUUACUCUGCUUCUAAUCCUUCUUGUCUGAAUCUGGUACUAACAAUGUCGGAGAAACCAAAUCGUCACCAGAGAAGACUUUCUCAGAGCGUUUUGCCCAUCUCCCUCGAGGAUCUCUCCGAUAUAUCUCUCACAGCUAAUCCUCCAUCAUCCAUCCCUUCUCAGCCGCCACGCCAUCAGAUUCCUCCGCCGUCUCCAGCUGCUCCUCCGACAAACCGUCGUAAUAAUGAUGACAAUGCUAGCAAGGAAGGGAAUGCCUCUUCUAGUUGAUUUCGUAUUUUCAUUUGCGUCUUAUUACUGUUUAAGCCUUUUUAUCGUUGCACAAGUCUUUUGUCCGUCUUCUUUUUUAUCUUGCUUAAUAAUCAGAUUUUGUCCUUUGUAAAAUUACUUAUAUGAUAAUGAAUCAAUCGUAAUUUCUUAUUUCAA